GAAGGGUUUUAUUUUUUCUGCGGCAGUUAGCUUGAGUACAUAGGGUGCAAUAGAUCAGUCCUACGUAAGUAUUUCUUAACCUCUCUCUCUUGAUUGAUCAUCGGAUAAAGUGAGAGGAGGAUCAGAGGGAGUGGGCACGUUUGCCGGAACCAGAAAGCGGACGUGGGCUAAGUCGUACUCAUAAAGUGGAGGCCUUCAGCCUGUAGAUCUGAGAGCAGAGAAGAGCAGGCAAGCGUCAGCCGUCAGGGCGGAACCAGAAGCGAAGAGAACUACAGGGAACCAAGGGAGAACAUGUUCAUCCAGAAAAACUCAGGUUUAGCGGCAAGUUUCCUGGUGUUGCUACUGUCAACAUGGGUUCUCGGUGAAGUGUCCGCCAUGAAGUAUUGGUGGUUGAACCCCGUGGGGAAACGGGCACCAGGACAGGACAGGGCGGUCUUCGGGGAUGGGUCUACAUCAGACCGACUGAGAGCACUGGAAGCACUCGAUGGAGCACCUGGUCAGAGGGGGAGGCUCGGAGAUCUACAAGUUCUCAAACAACGCCUUAUGGCCUUAAGGCUAGGGGAGAGAGGGGACAAGUUAAUACAGGAGGCGUAUCCGCGAUACACUCUUGAAGACAGUCGUCCGUUUCCUCAUCAGAACUUACGAACGGUUCGGUCAUCCCGACCUGUUCCGCUAGGGGGCGCGCAUGAAGAAGCACCACUGAGUCCAUAUUGGCAGGCAGUAGCAGACAUCCAUACAUUCCUAAUGUUAUAA